UCUUGUAGAAAUAACUCAUUUUGUUCUUGUUCACAAUAAUUAGCAGUUGCACUCGCUAGAGGGCUGAAGGAGCUUUCUUCACAAAGUCUUUACAGUUUGGCACUGAUUUUUCUUCCAGUCGUGACUGUAAACAAAACUGAAGGAUCAUCUUCUCUUCAAGGUGUAACAUUAACUGACAUUACCACGGCUGAUAGGCCUUGGGUAAUAUGUCAGGCAUGGGAAAGAGGACAUGCUUUCACUGUUCUUGAAGGCUCCUUAGAGGUGUACUUUCAAGCCUUAACUUGUUUAUGGUGUUAGAUGAGGAAUGUGAGCCACCCUUAAGGAUGCUUGCUUAAAUUCUUGGAUCCCUGGCUGCUCGUUCUUCCCUUUUCAUUUGUCUGUUUUUCUUUCUUUAAGGCUGCCCUCAUUUUGUUACGAUUUCUUGAAUUUCACAUGCUAUAUUCAAUGACCAGAACGCUGGCUCUAGUUCAAGUGUUUGGUGAGAAUGCAGCUGCACUGAAUCCAUUCAUCCAUUUCUGAUCCAUGCUGGUUCAUUCAGAGUUGGCACUGGUUUCUAUUUUUUUUGCUUUACUGUUCUUUUUGCAAAUGACAGCUAACGUCACUGAAUUAGAAGGCUAGAUAACGUUACUUGCUUGCUUCUCCUCCACUCCAGUUUUACUUUAUGUAUUUGAAAGCCUUUAUAAAAAUUCCACACCUUUCUCCACCCUCCCAUAUAGUCAUUUCAGCUGUUCCAAAUGCUUAUAAAGUGUUUAAAGGACAGCAGUUAGCAGGUAGAUCUGGAAAGAACUCAAUAUCUGGAACUAUCUUGGAUAUUCGUUUAGCUGAAUACAAGUCAGAUAACUUUAUGUGGGUGGCUUGAAAGUUUGCUGGCACCAUUGCAUUUAAGUACACGUAGGGAACAUGUACAGCUUGGUUCUCUUCAAAAAUGUUGUGGUGUGCGUGUAUGGUUUUUUGUGUAGAACUCAACUUUUAUCUUCAGAGCAGGUGACAGAAUCACAGAGAGCAGAAUAUGGCUGGACAAAUAUCAGAAACUGAUCAGAUCAAGCAGUUCAAGGAGUUCCUGGGAACAUAUAAUAAAAUUACAGAAAAUUGCUUCAUGGAUUGUAUAAGAGAUUUCACCACCAGAGAAGUUAAACCAGAAGAGAUAACUUGCUCAGAACAUUGCCUACAGAAGUACUUGAAAAUGACACAAAGGAUCUCCAUGAGAUUUCAGGAGUAUCACAUUCAGCAGAACGAAGCUCUGGCAGCUAAAGCAGGACUGCUCAGCCAACCUCGUUAGACAAGAGCACUCUGUUCAGACUUCAGGAGCAGUGCCAGUGUUCACUGGGCAAGAACACGUUUUGGAUUUUCUACUGUCAAGAUGCAUGUCCAGCAACUCUGAAGAUUGUUCUAAGGUGCUGUUUGGAAACUGGAAGCCGUGGAGGGUAAUGCAAGGAGUUAGAGAGUGCUGUCUGACAGCAGAGUCUCUUUCUGAGGUCUUUUCCAUUCUGCAGUGGAAUAAUACAAUUUUUUUUCAGGGCCCACAGACUACUAUAUUUAAAUUUCAAGGAGAUGGGAAAGUUAUACUUUUUCUUCUGUUAGGACUGAUUCAGAGGCAAAAGAAGUGUAAUAUGGAAAUACAUUUUUUAAUUUAAUUCAAGUAAAGUAAAUGGAACCAUA